AUGUCUCGCCAAAACCGCCCAAGCUGGUACAAAGCUUCUCCCUCUCCUCCUCCUUCCCGCCUCCCUGUGCUCGAGGAUGAGGAUGAUGAAGUUGUGAUUCUUCCACAGGCUGAUAACUCGGCCAUUGUUGCCCGUCUGAACCUAAGCCUCGUGGGCAGAAUGUUCCAUAAAGGAGGCCGCAGUAUGGCUGCUUUGGUUGCUACCCUCCCAAAAGAGCACAUUUGGGACUUGGAGGGCCGAGUCCGUGGAGUCCCUAUUGGUGAUUCUCGAUUCCAGUUCUUUUUUGAGACUGAGGAAGAUCUACAGAAGGUCCUAAAUAAGCGACCCUAUCACUUUAACCACUGGUCAUUUGCUCUUGAGAGAUGGGAACCACAUGUUGGUUCGGUCUUCCCUAACUCAAUGACUUUCUGGAUUCGCUUAGAUGGAAUCCCCUCUGAGUUUUGGACUGUCGCUUCCCUUACUGCCUUUGGUGCUUCCCUCGGACAGGUUCAAGCUGUUGACUCACCAAAUGGCGGAAUCCAGGUUACUGUCACGGCUGAUAUAGCCCUAAAGUUCCAGAAGAAUGCCCAAAUCCCUUCUGGAGAAACUGUUCCCGUAUCCCUUCUUUACGAGAAGCUCCAUCGGUGGUGUCUCUACUGCCGAAAAAUUUGUCAUGAAUCAGAUUCUUGUCCUUUACUAGAUAAAGAGCAACGGAAAAUAUACCAGAGGCAUUAUGAGCUGCAAAAGGCACAGCGUGUGUCUUCACGCGGCCCUUCUCGUUCCUUACACACUAGUGCAGGUGGUAGGAGAGCCCCUGCUAGUCGCCAUUUUGGUCGUUCGUCCAGUCAUGUGACUCCCGGUGACUCAUCCCAAGCUAGAGUGGCCAGAAAGGAGAAGCCCCGCCGUGAUGCACCGUAUCAAGUUCCCUCCCGUCGAGCUGAAGCUAGCGAUGCUAGCAAGCUGGCCUCGUCCUCCCAUCAGCAUCACUCUGCUCAAAGGAAAGGCAAAGGCAAGAUUUCUGAGGAUGAUUCGCAGGUGCAUGCCGAUAAUUAUUUGCCUCCGAGAAAUCGCUCCACCCUGACCAUUCGUGAAGGUGAUGGGUCUUCCCCCUCAAGAAAGUCGCCUCCUCCUCAAGCCAGCAAGGAAGUGCCCGUAGUUUCUGACUCUCAGACAACAAUUUCGGCUCCCUACCUUUCUAAUUCCAGAGCCAAACAGGGAGUCUCUUCUCCAGCUUUCACCCGUGAUCGGCCUUUCCGUCUAAGCCUCCAGAAACAAUCGCGCACCGGUAAAGCAAUGGAUGCUAUAGCUGACUCGGACCCCUCUCCUCUGCCUCUUCCUGGAGUCGGCAGCUCGGCAAAGAAGGUCUUGAACUUCUCUACCCAGGAGACAACUCCCUCUGAACUCCAACCUGAUCUCUCCCUAGCGAGUCUCUCCCUGGAUAACCAAAACCCAUCGAAACCGCGCCGGAAAAGCUGGUACGAGAUGACGCUGGAAGAGGAAGAGGAGCACGCUGGGGACGACUCCCAACUCCAGGAACCUCCCUUGAUCGGUGAGGCCUGUGUCCCGGUCCCCGGGGGUGUUACGGCCCAUUCUGUACAUCCCCAAACCACUAUGCUCUCUCCCCUGCGCACGACAACUGCGGUUUGGGAUGAUGCCUUGGAUUUUGGACAAAUAGAUCCCCAAUUGGAUUGCUUGGAUUUGGGCGACGACGAUUUCGGAUCGAUGGACGAAGGGAUGCUUGAGAACGACGACCUCCUGGGAGACGACCUAAAGGCGGAACUCCAAAACCAAGAAGCCCUCGCGAAGAAUCAUGGCCUCGCUGAUCCAGCUCCGGUGGUCAAAGGCGAAAAAACACGGCUCCGGAGUCGGAUUGUAGCUCUAAUCUCUCCUCCGCGUGAUGUUUCCCGAUCUGAGCCGGUGACUUAUAGGCCUCGGGCCAGGCCCAUUAAGAAAACCUCUACUCCAGCCGAUGGGCCCUCCAAACGUGGCACUAAAAGCCCAGCUUUGAUGAUAAGCUCUGCCUCCCGCAAGAUUCAAAUGCAAGCAUCACUCCCUUCCACCAACUUCUCUCCAAAUUCCGGAAUCUCUCCCCUCUGA